AUGUACGACUUUUCAGAUGUCCUGUUGAGAGUGUGGCAAUGCCUGUUGAUCGCACCGGUGACACUGCAGCGGAAACCGGUCGACGGUGGCGCGCAACCUCAGUCGCAAUACGCGUUCAACGUCUGGUGGUACGCAUUUAACUUGGCCGUGUUGGCCGCGUGCCUGGCCGGCGGCGUGUGGACCGUGGCGGAAGACACGCGAGCGGCCACGGCAGGCCGGUCGGUGCGCAUACAGAACACGUCCUCGGCCAUCGUCACCGCGCUCCAGGUGAUGCUCCAGUGUUUGGUGUGCACGCUGGCGGUCGCGUGCUCCGCCGGCCGGCACGCUACGCUGCUGGACAUCGAGCGGCACCUGAACCGCACGGACGCGGUGCUCCGGGUGUCCGCGGGCCAGCCGGUGGCCAGGUACACGCCGGUGCUGGUCGCGUUCCACGCGGCCCUGUUCGCCGUUGACGGUUACUUGUGGUACGCGCUCAGCCCGGCCACCUGGAUGUACUGCGUGUGCUACGUGUACAUGUCCAUCGACCUGGCCACCAUGCUCAUGUACGCGCAGAUCGCAUGGAGCAUCGGUCGCCGGUUCGAAGACAUCAACGUUGCGAUCGAAUACAAGCUCAUAGGUAUCCAGACCAACGUGGCGGCGGCGUCCGAUCGCAACCGCCACGGCAAUGGCUGUCGGCUCGCGCAACGCGUGUGGACAUUCGCCGGCCAAACCACGGUCACUGUGCCUUCUAAUCCGGUGGCCUCGGCCGACUGCCAGUAUGAUUCGAAAAAUGUUUCAAUUGCAAAAUUACAAGAUCUUCACUGGAGUCUUUGUAAUAGUAUCAAAAUAGUCAAUGAUAAAUUUGGGUGGCAAUUACUUUUGCAGUUGUUCUGCAAUUGUGUACAACUAAUUGUGACUCCAUAUUUUAUGAUCAUAAAUUUAUUUUAUCCGGUGAUUUAUGGUUCUACAGAUAUUAAAUUCAUUCUGAUCCAAGUUGUUUGGGUGUUGACCCAUUUGAGUCAUUUAUUAUUAAUCGUAUUACCCACGUCGUACGCUACUAGAAAAGGUGAAAAAACUGCUGAGAUCAUAUGUAAAUAUCUAACUAUUGAUAUUGAACCCGGUGAUAUGAAACAGUUGGAAAUAUUCGUCCUUCAAUUGCAAAAGUAUGCAAUCGAUUUUUCAGCAUGUGGAAUUGUAAAUUUACAUCGAUCCACUAUUACAACGAUUAUUGGAACCGCACUCACGUAUUUGGUGAUCUUAAUUCAAUUCCAAAACUCCGACUAGAAAAAUCAAUAACAAUACUGGUAAUGUAUUACGAUGUAAAUUUGCCACGAUCGGGUUAACGCACAG